CUCCUCUCCUCUCCUCUCAGACCAGUGGAUGGCCUUGUCGUGUCAUGGAAACGUGAAGGGCGUCGGCUGGCCGGUGGGCGUCGGCUCAUUAUUUCUUCCCCCACCUCUUCUGACACCGGGCUAUAUGUUUGUGAAGCGUUGCUAAGCAACAGCACUGUCAAACCCGUGGAGGCAAGGGCACACCUCACUGUAAUGGAACCACCCAUUCUGACUGCACAGCCCAAAAGGAAGAUCUAUGCUGAUCUCGACAGGAAUGUAGAUAUCCCCUGCCUGGUUUCAGGCGUGCCCCAGCCCAGGAUAGAGUGGUAUAAGGAUGCGGUGCCUCUUUCCAAACUGGCCAACCCUCGCUACAAGGUCACCGCAGCAACCGGGCUGACUGUGCGCAGGGUGCAGCCAGGAGAUGGAGGAAUAUUCCAGUGCUUCGCUCGCAGCGCUGCCGGAGAGACACAAGCACACACACAACUUCUUGUCUCCAGUAUGGCCCCCACAUUUACAUCCCCACCCUCUGACCAAACAGUUACUGAUGGCAACACAGCCCUGUUUACCUGCCAGACGAGCGGAGCUCCAAAGCCGGCCAUCACCUGGAGGAAAGGAUCGCGGAUCCUAGCCAGCGGCUCUGUCCAGGUUUCCAGGUUCACACUGUUGCAGUCAGGUGGUCUGCAGAUUCAACCAGUCAGCUUCCAGGAUUCAGGAGAAUACACCUGCAUCGCCUCCAACUCAGAGGGAACCAUCAACGCCACCGCUACGCUCACCGUCUGGAGUCGCACAGUCAUUUCUGUGCCUCCAACAGACCAGCGUGUUAUCAAAGGAACCACUGCUGUUCUGGACUGUAACGCCACACAUGACCCCAGAAUCAAUAUCAGCUUCAGGUGGGAUCGAGGCGGUGUGCUGGUCCUUCCAACCAGUGGGGGCCGUGUCUCCCUACGCCAGGGCUCGCUCACUAUUGGUCAGACGUGGUCAGGUGACAUCGGGGACUACACCUGUACUGUGACAUCACAAGCUGGCAAUGAUUCCCGCUCUGCACGCCUCGAAGUCAUAGAGCUGCCACAUUCUCCUCGCUCCCUGACGGCUCGUCUCAACGACUCUGACUCCCGCUCCGUCCUGCUGUCCUGGCUACGCCCCUUCGAUGGGAACUCCCCUCUCCUGUACUACCUGCUGGAGCUCUCUGAGAACAACUCUCCAUGGAAGGUCUACCUGUCGGAGGUUGAUCCUGCAGUGACCGAGGUGUCAGUGGGCGGGCUCACACCUGCCAGGACCUACCAGUUUAGACUCUGUGCUGUCAAUCAAGUGGGAAGGGGUCAGUACAGCGCUGAGACGCAGAGAUUGAUGCUACGGGAGGAGGCGCCCAGUGCUCCUCCUAAAAAUAUCGUAGCCAGCGGGCGCACAAACCAGUCCAUUAUGGUCCAGUGGCAGCCUCCACCAGAACCGCAGCUUAACGGAGUCCUUCGAGGAUAUGUACUCAGGUACCGUCUGGCAGGGCUGCCAGGGGACUACCAGGAGAAGAACAUCAGCAGUCCAGAGACCAACUACUGUCUGCUGAAAGACCUGAUCAUCUGGACACAAUACCAGAUCCAGGUGGCUGCCUACACAGGAGCCGGCCUGGGUGUCUACAGCAGUCCUGUCACCGAGUACACACUGCAAGGAGUUCCCACGGCACCUCCGCAGGAAGUGGAAGUUGUAGCUAUUAACUCGACUACCAUCCGCUUCACAUGGAACCCUCCACCUCAGCAAUUCAUUAAUGGCAUCAACCAGGGAUACAAGCUGCUGGUGUGGCCGGAGCAGUCUCCAGAAGACGUGACCAUAGUAACCAUCACUCCAGACUACCCCGGUUCACGCCACACGGGAUUAGUCAGCGGACUCAAGAAAUUCACCUGGUACUUUGGCUCCACCCUCUGCUUCACCACACCUGGAGAUGGCCCCCGCAGCCCACCCACCCUGCUGCAGACACAUGAGGACACACCUGGACCCGUUCGCCACCUGAGCUUCACUGAAAUCUUGGACACAUCACUAAAAGUCAGCUGGGCAGAACCUGAAGACAAGAACGGCAUCAUAACUGGCUACGUGCUGAGGUGGGAAGUGUCUACGGUAGAGUCGAGUCAUGAGGAACGUUCCCUGUCUAACUCCACCCUGCAGUACCAGCUGACCGGCCUCACCUCCACCACCGUGUACACACUACAGGUUGCUGCGCUCACCGCGGCAGGACGGGGCGUGGUCACAUCCUCCACUAUCUCCACUGGAGUCCCACCAGAACUCCCUGGUGCUCCUUCUAACUUGGUCAUCUCAAACAUCAGCCCUCGAACAGCAACUCUUAGGUUCCGUCCCGGUCCUGAUGGCAAGACCACCAUAUCGCGAUGGAUAGUAGAAGGACAGGUGGUAAAGGAGGAUGGAAAGGAGGAGGUGUGGAGAGUUGUCUACCAGAAAGACAACCAGCCGGAUGCAGACACACUUGAGAUCCCCGACCUCACUCCGUUCACUCAGUACAGGUUCAGGAUGCAGCAGGUGAACAUUGUGGGUUCCAGCCCCAUGAGCGCCCCCUCUAGGCUGAUUCAAACCCUGCAGGCUGCCCCCGACACGCACCCCUCCAACCUCACCCUUCUGUCAGCCACACAGACCAGCCUGCGUUUCAACUGGAAGCCUCUUCCGGAGUCCGAGUACAACAGCAGCCCGGGGACCGUGGGCUACCGGCUGCGUGUGUGGAGGACAGACGGCCAGGGGGAGGACAGGACUGAGGAUGUGAAGGGAGUGGGGGGCACCAGUGAGGCCACAGCGGAGGCUCUGAAUCCCUGGACCCAGUACCAGGUUCAGAUACAAGCCUUCAACUCUAUAGGACCAGGACCGUGGAGCCAGACUGUCGCGGCACACACCGCCGAAUCUGUUCCAUCUGGAUCGCCGGUGAAUGUGAGUGCUGAGGCAGUAAGCUCCUCCAGCAUCCUGCUCACAUGGUCUGCUCUCCCUCGGGCGCAGAAGAAUGGAGUCAUUCUUGGAUAUAAGGUGUUGUACAGCGAGAAAGGCUCUGAAGGUCCCCCCAGUGUUGAGGUGGCAGAAGGAGAGGGGAGUGUGUCAAUGCUCCUCGGUGUCCUCCAGAAAUACAGAGUGUACGUGCUGCAGGUGCUGGCGUACACACGGAUGGGAGACGGCCCCCCCAGCAACCCCAUUCUGAUCAGAACCAAAGAAGAUGGCUACCAGAUCUCCUACCGCCUCGACAGCAGGGACCCUCAGCGCUGGACCACAGUGGAGGUGGGCUCCAACGCUCGCCAGUUCACCGUCACAGGACUUGCCGCUGAGCAGAGCUACGUGUUCCGACUCACUGCUCGCACUGCCGUGGGCUGGGGCGAGGAGCAGCAAGCUCUGGUUGUUACCACCGAACGCAGAGAGCGUCCCCAGCCACCCAGGAAGCUGUCUGUUCCACAGGAUGAAGUUGAAGCCCGCCGACUCCGCCUCCACUGGGUGAACGGCGGCUCAGGCUCCUCUCCGCUGAGGUACUUCACUCUGCAGGUCAAGGAGCUGCCUAGCGGGGACUGGAGCACACACACAGCUGACGUCCCACACAACGUGACCACAUGGACCGUUGACAGCAAUAAGGAGAGCAGCAUGCUGCAACAGGCUGAGCUGGACAAACACAGCAGAAUACAGAAGAAAAUGGGUUCAAUUUUGAUCUAUGAAACUAUUAAAACAAGCCUGGAUCCGCCUCGAUACCAAGCCUGA